AUGUUGGAAGGAUUGGUAGCCUGGGUCCUCAACACCUACCUGGGCAAAUAUGUCAAUAACCUGAACACAGAUCAACUUUCAGUGGCUCUUCUAAAGGGUGCUGUUGAAUUGGAAAACUUGCCUCUAAAGAAAGAUGCCUUAAAGGAGCUGGAGUUACCUUUUGAAGUAAAGGCAGGUUUCAUUGGCAAAAUAACACUGCAGAUCCCUUUUUAUCGUCCACAUGUGGAUCCAUGGGUCAUCUCUGUCUCAAAGCUGCACUUAAUUGGUGCACCAGAAAAGAAGGAAGAGUUUGAUGAGGAAAGGGAGAAGUUGCAAGAAAGAGAGCACAAGAAAGCCCUUCUGCUGGCACUGGAAGAAAAAUGGAAAAAAGAACGACAGCAGAAAGGGGAAUCUUACUGGUACUCAGUUACUGCAUCUGUGGUCACAAGAAUUGUAGAAAAUAUUGAAUUGAAGAUUCAGGAUGUCCAUCUGAGGUUUGAGGAUGGAGUCACAAACCCUUCGCAGCCGUUUGCGUUCGGGGUGUGCAUCAAGAAUGUCUCAAUGCAAAAUGCAGUGUUUGAACCAGUGGAGAAGUUGAUGAAGAAAAAACAGAUGGAUGUUGCUGACUUCAGUGUUUAUUGGGAUACCAACUGCACUUUAUUGGGUGACCUCCCUCCGGGGCAGCUGCAGGAAGCAAUGGAUAGAAGUAUGGAAAGUCGUGACCACAAGUACAUCAUGGAACCUGUCUGCACUUCUGCUCUUCUUAAGAGGAAUUGUUCUAAGGAGCCUUUGAGGUCACGCCAUACCCCGAGGCUGGAGUGUGACAUUCACCUUGAGACUAUACCCUUGAAGCUUUCACAGAUGCAGUACCAGCAGAUCAUGGGAUUUUUAAAGGAACUGGCCAGAAAGGAACGACAGCUUAAGUUCAGGAAGUGGAGACCAAAGGGUACAGUGACAGAGAACUGCAGAGAGUGGUGGAUCUUUGCCUUGAAUGCCAAUCUGUCAGAGAUCAGGGAGCAGAGACAACGUUCCACCUGGCACUUCGCGCUGCGUCGCGCCCGAGAUGCUGUGUCAUACACUGACCUCUACUACAGCAAGCUGAAGGGGGAACCUCUGUCUGCUGCAGAGCAGGCAGAAAUGCAUCGUAUCGAGGAUGAGCAAACUUACGAAGAGCUGAAGAUUCUGUAUGAGAUAGUUCAUGAUAAAUUUCAUGACCUAGCUGAGAGUGUCAAAGAGCCCUUGCCUGACUCCCUUGGAGGUUCCCCCACAGCAGAGUCUGCACAUGGCAGUAGCACUGGGAUGCUGCAGUACCUCCAGUCUUGGUUUCCUGGCUGGGGAGGUUGGUAUGGAUACGCUCAGGAGACAUAUGAAGGAGAACCUUUUGAAGGGCUGCUGCCAGACCCCAAGGAACAGUGGAAUCCAGAAGACAUCCUAGGUGCAGAUGAAUUUUUUGAUCCUGCUGCAGAUGCCUCUAGCAUGAACACCUUUACCAAGAGGGAUCAUGUCUUUGCUAAAUUAAAUCUGCAGUUGCAGGGUGGCUCUUUCACUCUGUUGCAUAGGAAGAAGAAGGUGGUGCAUGCUGAGGAGACUGCUUUUAUGCAGCUGGAGUUCUCAGGUGUAAAGAUCUUGGCAGAAUCCCUUCCACGGAGAAAGUCUUCCCUUCUCAAAGUUCAGCUUGGAGGUCUUUUCCUGAGGGAUUUGGCAACAGAAGGGACCAUAUUUCCUGUUCUAGUUUUCCCAAAUCCUCAAAAAGAGGUUGGCUGCAUGUCUUCCUUUGGACUCCAAAGUUUGUCCUCAGAAAUGACUAAUCAGAACACUGACCCUGAUGCUCCAGUGUUUGAGAUGCUUUAUGAGAGGAAUCCAAUCCACAGCACUUUUGAAAGGCGCCUGGAAGUCAGUACCAGACCUCUAAAUAUCAUCUACAAUCCACAAGCCAUUAAGAAAGUAGCUGACUUCUUCUACAAGGGAAGGGUUCAUACCUCAGGUUUUGGUUACCAGUCUGAGUUGGAGGCAAGAGUGGCUGAAGCUGCCAGGAGACAGUACAACAAGCUGAAGAUGCAGACAAAAGCUGAAAUCAGGCAAACCAUUGAUCGGUUACUAGUUGGAGAUUUCAUUGAAAACAGCAAGAGCUGGACUGUGUGCCUUGAUAUUUCUGCCCCUCAGGUGAUCUUCCCUGAUGAUUUCAAAUUUAAGGAUCCAGUGUUAGUUGUUGUAGAUCUGGGAAGAAUAUUGCUUACCAAUUCUCAAGAGGAAUCCAAAAGGAAUACAGAUAAUUUGUCUUCAGAAGUCAACGAAUUGAGUGAUGAGGAAUAUAAAACACCUCUGGCAACUCCUCCCAAUACUCCUCCACCAGAGUCUGACACCAAUAGUGGCAUCAAAAUGUCUGAAUUUCCCGGAGUGGAAAUAAGUGAAGAGCAGCUACAGGCACACUUGAUGAGUAAAAAAAUGUAUGAGAGAUACACACUUUCGUUUAUGGACCUGCAGAUCAUGGUGGGCCGAGUGAAAGACAACUGGAAGCACGUUCAGGACAUUGAUGUGGGUCCAACUCACGUGGUGGAGAAGUUCAAUGUUCACCUGCAGCUGGAGCGUAGGCUGAUCUACACCUCUGACCCAAAGUACCCAGGAGCUGUCCUGUCUGGCAACCUGCCAGACCUGAAAAUCCACAUCAAUGAGGACAAAAUACUGGCUCUGAAGAACUGUUUGUCACAGCUGAGUACAUCUGAAACCAAAUCUUCAGAUGGUUUACAUUUAGGGAAGGAUAAGAUUUUUGCAGAGGUAGACCAGCUUGGCAGUUUACAUGAUUCAGUAAUGAACCUGACACAGAGUGUUGUCAUGCUUGAGCAACACACCAGGGAAGUUCUUGUUGAAUCUCAGCUGCUUUUGGCUGAGUUCAAAGUGAACUGUAUGCAAUUGGGUGUGGAGAGCAACGGUCGCUACAUCUCUGUGCUCAAGGUCUUUGGCACCAAUGCCCACUUUGUGAAAAGGCCUUAUGAUGCAGAAGUGUCCCUGACUGUCCAUGGCCUCUUACUGGUUGACACUAUGCAAACAUAUGGGACAGAUUUUGAUCUUUUGAUGGCUUCUCAUAAGAAUCUGAGCUUUGAUGUGCCAACAGGAAGCCUUCGAGACAGCAGGGCUCAGUCCCCAGUGUCUGGACCACACGAGGCACGACCCAUUGACGUAGCUGGUUUGGCAGAGAGAUGCACUGCAGCCUCCAGUGCUGCCCCUGGAAACAAUGGAAAAGAUCAAGAGUCCCUGAUAAAAUUAGAGUAUCAGUUUGUGAGUGCAGAAUGCCCAUCCAUGAAUUUGGAUAGCAGCCUGCAGGUGAUCUCUGUACAGGUGAACAACCUGGAUAUCAUCCUUAAUCCAGAGACUAUUGUUGAACUGAUUGGGUUUCUCCAGAAAUCUUUCCCAAAGGAGAAAGAAGAUUCUAGUCCUCAGCCAUUAAUAACUGACUUGGAGAGAGAUUGGAGGGAACAGGAAACAUUCCAGUCUACUUAUGCCCAGAACACAGAGGUAGCAGUUGAUAUUCACUGGUUGAAUAUUCUCCUCCUCAGGACAGUUGGAAUGACAAAUGGAGAAAAAUACGGUAGGAAAAUUGCCACAGCCAGUAUUGGUGGCACCAAAGUCAAUGUCUCCAUGUGCAGUAAACUGGAUGUAAAUGGCUCUCUUGGAUGCCUUCACCUGAUGGAUCUGACCCAGGACAAUGUGAAGAACCAGUAUGUGGUGAGCAUAGGGAAUACAGUGAGGUAUGAAAACCUCAUCGGUGAUGUCGAUUACUUGGAAUCCUUAUUCUUCAGGCUUGAUGAUGGAAACAGCCUUCCAGAUGCUUUAAGUUUCACUUUCACAGAAAAGUCAAAAGAGGAAUGUUCUCUUAACCUCAAAAUGGCCUCGUUGCACUACAACCACUCAGCCAAGUUCCUCAAGGAGCUCACUUUGUCCAUGGAUGAGCUGGAAGAGAAUUUCCGCAGUAUGCUCAAAAGUGCAGCCUCGAAAGUCACCACAGUCCUGGCAACCAAAACUGCUGAGUACAGUGAGAUGGUUUCCUUGUUUGACACCACACCACGAGCCAGAGAUGUUACCAAUGUAGAAGACACCGAAGGUGAUGGAUUUGGGUCACAGCCUCUCAAAACUGAGACCAUUAAGCUUAUAUUAAACGUGAACAUUGAAUCCCCAAUUGUCUCCAUACCUCGAAAGCCUGGGAGCUCUGAGCUGCUUGUAGGUCACCUAGGACAAAUAUCUAUCCAGAAUUUCGUGCCAGGAGAAGAUGAAUCUACAAGUGACAGGCUGCAAGUUGAGAUUAAAGAUAUUAAAAUGUAUUCCUUAAACAGUAGUCAAUUCACAAGCAAGAAGGAACCUGCAAGUGAGAUACCACAUGGGCCACAUUCUUCUUCAGGUCCUGCCAGUGUUAACAGCCAGGAAGAAUCUCAUUUCACUCGUCAUGACUUCUUUGAAUCAUUGCAUAAAGGUCAUGCUUUCCACAUCCUGAAUAACACCACCAUCCAGUUCAAAUUGGAAAAGAUCCCACUAGAGAGAGAUUUGGAUUUAACUUUUCCUCUGAACAAUGAAGACUUUGGAAUAUCAAGUAUUAUGAAGAUUGAAGGGAAAUUUGUGAACCCUCUUCAGGUGGUGUUAGCCAAACAUGUCUAUGAACAAGUCCUUCAGACCCUGGAUAAUUUAAUAUACAAUGAAGACUUGAACAAAUUUUCAGCCACUCCUGUCUCUCCAACUGGUCUUUGUUCUCCUUCAACAUCAGUUCAUAGUGCAGGCACAGAGUUCUCAAGUGAGAGGAAGGAAAAUGGCCUGUUCAGCCAUUCCACUUUCAAUUCUGUUCCAAACAAGUCCUUAGCUGUCAGGGAAACCAAAUCCUUUACUCAGAUUCAAGCCAACUUUCAUAUCUCAGAGCUCCAGGUUCAGUUAAGUGGUGAUCUUACACUUGGGGCACAAGGCCUUGUCAGCCUUAAGUUUCAGGAUUUUGAUGUGGAGUUUGCCAAAGAUCACCCCCAGACGUUGUCCAUCCAGAUCGCCCUGCGCUCCCUCCUCAUGGAGGAUCUUCUGGAGAAGAAACCAGACUCUAUGUACAAGAACCUCAUGGUGUCCCGUGGAGCACCCAAGCCAUCCAGUUUAGCUCACAAGGAGUACCUUUCACAGUCCUGUCCCUCAGUAUCCAAUGCAGAGUACCCAGACAUGCCACGUUCCCUCCCUUCCCACAUGGAAGAAGCACCUAAUGUCUUUCAGCUCUACCAAAGACCAGUUUGUGCCUCCCGUAAGAAGCAAAAAGAAGAUGCUGAUUCUGAGUAUCCUCUGACUCCACCUCCUUCUCCAACAGCAGACAGAUCCAAGUUGCCCUGUGGAAAAAGUAACUUUGAUGAUUCAUUAGUUCAUAUCAAUAUCUUUCUAGUGGAUAGGAAACAUCCUGAGUUCUCCUCUCGCUAUCACAACAUCAACCGUAGUGUAGAUGUUGAUUUUAAUUGUCUAGAUGUCUUAAUCACUUUGCAAACUUGGGUAGUGAUACUGGAUUUCUUUGGCAUUGGAUCCACUGCUGAUAACCAUGCUAUGAAGCUGCAGCCUGAAGAUACUCAGCAGACAAUCAAAUCAGAAAUAAAUCCCUUGGCAGCUUCUCAAGCCCAAGAGCCUGUAAACACUAAACUGGAUCUGAAGGUCCAUUCUUUAUCCUUAGUGCUGAAUAAGACAACCAGUGAGCUUGCUAAAGCCAGUGUGGCAAAACUUGCAGCUCACUUGGAAGUGACUG